AUGCUGAACAAUCUACAUGGUGGACGUCUACUGGCAGUUCCGACACCAAAACACACGGGACAGACAGGUACCCCUAAAGCGCGGAGCAACCGCAUCAAAGCGGCCAAUUUGCAGACCCAGGCGUUCAAGGUGGCCCACCAAAGAGUAAACUUGGAUGUGGAUCUAGCUAGAAAGCUGAUUGAUGGUUUCACUGAGAUCACCAUAAUACCUCUGUCAAGCAGUCUUCGAGUGGUUCGGCUUGAUGCGCGCGAGAUGAAGAUCAAAAAUGUUUAUGUCAACGGGUCUAAAUGUACAAACUAUAUUCAUCGAGACAUAUUAUAUGUGAAUAAUCCCAAGGUGUUUGAAGACUGCGUUGCUUCCAAAUCGAUUAAUCUUUGGGAUGUAUAUUCUCCCACAUUUUCCAUACAUCAUCAUCACUUGUUACGUCAAAAACUUAAUUAUCUUUUCGGGGACGUGAUCUCAGACCUAUAUGCUCCAGACAAAUUCGAAAACACCAAUACUGAAGAAUUGGGAAUCAUUCUCCCCGAAGAUUUGAAACUUGAGUCGAUGGAUUUGAACUCUUACCAUACUCCCACAUCACUGAUUCCUACCGCAGGGAUCACUCCUUCCCAGCUUCGUGCCAGAAAUACGCACAGCGAUAGUUAUUCUCCAGUCCAGAUUGGAAUUGAGUAUGAGGUAGUUAAUCCUAGAGAUGGUGUAAAUUUCAUGUGCGAUCCAAAUGCCAAUAAGAGACUCUGGCAUGUGUACACUGUUAACUCAGAGUAUAAUGUCUCGACUUCAUCAUGGGUUCCCUGCAUUGAUAACUUGUGGGAACGAAAUACAUGGUCCAUUGAAAUGAGCAUACCAAGAUCCAUGAAGCAUAUUAAGGAUCUUCUGCUGUCUAACAAAUUGGCCACUGAAGAAAAAGAAGACGCUAUGGAUAUCGAUUCAGAACCUAUCGAGAGUGGUCCGAAGGAAAACGGCGGGGGCGAAAACGAAUCUACCGAACCUAAGGGGGAGGAGAAUGAGGAGGAUGAAGAUGAAGAUGACUCUGAGAACUUCGACUUGUUCGUCUGCACUGGCGACUUCAACAAUACCAAAGAAACGCCGCACCCUACAGACUUAUCAAAGAAACUUGUUUCAUGGUCUGUAUUCAAUCCAGUAUGUGCACAUCAUGUUGGAUGGGCAGUUGGAUGCUUUCAGUCCUCUGAAUUGUCGGAUUUCAACGAUGGUUCUGGUGCUCCACAGGUGCAAGAAGAAGGCUUCGAAGAUUUUGAGGAAAUCGAGAAAGAAGAAUCCACUGCCUCCGUGAUGUUAUACUACCUACCUGGUCAAGAAGAAUUGGCCAAAAACACCUGCAUUUUUGCUCAUAAGGCGAUAGACUUCUUCCUGAAGGAGUUCGGCUCUUAUCCGUUCACGUCUUACAGUAUCACAUUUGUUUCUGGACCGAGCUAUCCAUAUAACAAUUUUGCUGGCUUGUCUAUCCUAAGCGACGCAUUAUUAUAUCCACCUGAUGUUAUCGAACUUAUGUUUGAGACGACCGAAGACAUUCUCGAAUGUAUUGCUGGCCAGUGGUCGAGUAUCAAUAUUGUUCCCCAGGUUUUUAAUGAUAUUUGGUGUACAGUUGGAAUUGCAAAAUUCAUGAGCUUACAAUUUCUAAGGAUUUUGAUGGGUCAAAACCAAUUAAGGUACCAGAUUAGACAAAAAAUGGACAGAAUUGUCAAUGAGGAUGUUGGACAACGUCCAAUUGGAUUACAUUCUUUGACGUUUCCGGUGUCUGAGGCUGACUUUGCUUUCUUACGUUUGAAGGCACCUUUGAUAUUGUUUAUUCUUGAUCGUCGAAUGACCAAAACUGAUAAGUCAUUUGGCCUUUCUAGAGUUUUACCUAAAAUCUUUCUACAGGCCAUGUCGGGAGAUUUACAGAAUGGAACGUUGUCCACUCAACAUUUUCAGUAUGUUUGUGAAAAGGUGAACAGAAAUAGACUUGAAUCUUUCUUUAAGCAAUGGGUUUAUGGAGUCGGUACACCUAACUUCAAUAUCACCCAGAGAUUUAACAAAAAAAGGUCAAUGAUUGAGGUUGUCAUCAGACAAACACAAGCGCAGCAUACAAAGGAUUCACAACCCAACCUGAGUUCUUUUAUUGAUGAAUCCUUGACAUUCUUAAACGACAGACCUGUAUACUCUGUUCAGCCUACUUUCUUGGGUCCGAUGACGAUCAGAGUCCAUGAGGCGGAUGGUACUCCAUAUGAGCAUAUUGUGGAUAUCAAGGAUAGUGUGGUCAAGUUUGAUGUGCAAUAUAACACUAAGUUCAAGAGGCUCAAGAAAAAUCGCGAGGAAAAUAGCGAUGCUAAUCCUGUUUUUGCCAAGCUUGGGGAUAUACUUAAUAGUGAGAAAGAUUUGAAGAAUUGGAAUUUUGAAGAAUGGCCCAAACGCGAUGAAGAGUUCUUGGACCCAUUUGAAUGGAUUCGAGUGGAUACGGAUUUUGAAUGGAUUGCGAAAUUCAAUGUCAAGCAGCCAGACUACAUGUUUGGAUCACAAUUGCAACAGGAUAGGGAUAUUGAGGCUCAAAUUGCUGCCAUUGAAUAUUUUGGCAAUCAAGAGAAGCCUAAUGCUAUUUACUGCACUGCUCUCACUAGAACUUUGAUGGACCAGAGAUAUUUUUAUGGUGUGAGAAUAGCUGCAGCAAAAGCACUUGCGGAAUUUUCUAGACCUUCUAAUGGGUUUGCUGGACUCAACUAUUUGGUUAUGGCAUUUAAGAAACUAUUUUGUUUUGACGACAGUUUAGUGCCUAAAAGUAACUCUUUCGAGGAUUUUGGAAGGUUAUUUUUGCAAAAGGCCAUUCCUAAGUUUAUGGGCACAAUUCGAAAUGAAGAUGGCAUAACACCAAUGAAGAUUAAGAUAUUGCUUUUCAAUCUACUAAAGUACAAUGACAAUGCGAACAAUGAUUUCCAGGAUUGUUUUUACGUUUGCGAUAUCGUUGAGGCAUUGACCGAAGCUGUUAUCCCAACAACAACAGAGCUGCGCUCCUUCGAUUAUCAUAUGGAAAGAGAAAAUGCGGCAUCUAUUAUUUCAGAGGAUAAAAGUUUUGUGGAGAAGGUAGUUCAUGAAAUCAAUCGGGUCCAGAAGUUGGAUAGCUGGGUUCCUUCCUACCAGUCAAAGGUGUCAUUUGCAUGCAUUAAACAGAAAAUUAAAUUAGCUUGCUACGGUCUUGUUGAUUUUUCAUUCGAGAAAUUGAUCCUUCUCACUUCGAGGAAACAUCCAUACGAUAUUCGAGUAUUGGCCUUCAAAGGAAUCUUUUUACUUGGUGGCCUAAAAAAUGCCCACAUAAUGAAAUAUUUUUUGGAUGUUUGCUUGUUAGAAGAGUCGAGCCCUUACUUCCGCACAGGCUUGAUUAAAGCAUUGCUCGAAGCAGUGAGCGAAGCUGCCGUUUAUGGCACACCAAUCAUGUUUGAUGACCCUGAGUUCCAAUCUCUUGAAAAUCUUUUCGAAGCAGGACAAAAUGUUUCGAACCAUACUAAUUUGGUUGUUAUUGAAGAGUCUCAAAAUGCCGAAAUGAGCACUAGACGCGAUGCGGUUGCCAGAGCUACUAUCAAGGGUGCAAUCGACAUUUUAAGAAGAGAUUUGUCGAUAGGCAAGGGUCUCCAAAGAACUCUUUGGGAACUUCUCCACUCUUCGCUAAUUGGUCUUAUUGAUCGCCGAAUGGUAUUCAUGUUAUGCGAAUUGCUCUACCAAGAAGACGACUCUUUCCCGGUCGUGCUUUCCGUGCCUUGUGUUCCAUUCGAAGAAUUACGUAAGAAGAUUGUUGCUAAGCAUCUCGGUGAUGGAAAGGUUGUCAUCAAGAGAGAAGGAAGAUUCAAAAUUCUGUUGAGCACUAAGAUUCUGUUGGUACUGAACAAGGCCAAAUCUGGCCCCAAAAAUCAAGUGUCAGUCUCUUCUAAGAAUACAAGAACUCGCUCUAAUGCAAGUGUUGAUGAACCACAACCACAGACUAAGGCACCACCACCUCCUCCCCCAAGUGAUCCGAUUGUUGUUGAUGAAGUGCCUGCUGAGGUUGUAAAGUCACUGCUGGUGACCAGAGAUGAAUCGAACAAGAUGAGUAUCAAGAUAGCUUUCAAGAAGCACAAACUUUCUCCGUUGCGCACAGAAUUAAGGUCCCCAGCAAGACCUCAGGUUGAGCAGGCGAUCAAUCCAGUUCCAGCAGUGGCUCGUGUUAAGGUUAACAACACUGAAGUCAAGUUCGUGUUCACUUCACCAAGGAGCGUGCGAAGAUUCAAGUCACUCAUUGCUCCUACCAGAUUCGUCAGAAUCUCAACCAGAAGAGGAAGGGUGUCACUUUCGGCAACUCCCUUCCCUGAAGGUGAGGAACUGAACCCUGUUAAGGUUGAACCUGCUGAAGUAUCCGGUAAGAUGGAGACAGCAAGUGCGGAUACAAUCACACCUAUUGUCAAAUCUGAGGAACGAUCAAAUGCUUUAGCGGAGGAAAAUGAAGACUCAAAUAGUAACAAUAGUCCUGGGAAAUCAAACAGCCAAUCCAGUUCUUCGGGUGAUGCUACAAACAUCACAGCCUCCACGGCAAAACCAAGCGAAGGACAAAAGACGAAUGGCAAGCAAAAGUUGAAUGGUACUCCCGAGCCGUCUUCCACUACAGAAAAGUCUGUGGAGCUCAAGGAAACAACCAAAAGGUCUAAAAGUCCAUUUUCGCCAGAUCCACCUACAGGACAAAUCAAACGGAAAAAGACCAAAAUCUACAUUCACGGAAAAGACUCGCAGACACUGUCACCCAAAUCCAAAACUCCAGAAGAGGAUAACACACCUCCAAUCAAAGAAGAAGAGCGGGAAAAACCGCGGCCCAAGUUGAAGCUUAAGCUCACGCUCAAGUAA